UACAAUACCUACGCGUAUUUUUGUCGAAAUCGUCGUGUUCGUGACUUGGACGCGGGUGAUAUUGCGAAAUAAUUACGUGUUUCUGUGUUCAUUUAUGCUGUUUGUGUUAUCAUUUGUGUAUUAUAGUGAUUUGUGGUGAUAAACGUGAAAGAACUUUGCGGUAACGAUGUCUAGCAGUUGACAUGUUUAUCUGUGUCGUGUGUGAAGAUUUUCCCUUCGCGUGAGGAGGUCCGGUGCGCUAGUGUGCGCGCUGGCAUUGUGUGCGUGUCUCGGACGUGGGAUACUAGAGGAUCCAAUGAUGGAUUGCAUUUCCAUGGAUGUAUAGAAUGUGAAAACAAGCUUCGAUCCAUCAAUGUGGACAACAUUGAUCUGACCUCAGCAGACAAUGCGGUCACAAGCUACAAAACCUUUACCUAAGAAAGGGACCCUGAGUAAAGCGACUUUUAAGGCGAACUCCAGCCCAAGACAGGCAAAAAACAAGUCCGUAUGUCAGAAAAAAGUGAAGAAUCUUUUAAACAAAUCUUUAGCCAAAAGUCCUAAAAAGAACUCUUCUAAAGAUGAUGCCAAAAACGAUGGUGAUCUUUCAGUUGGCGAAAAAAAUGAAGCAUCGUCAUCAAACUGUAAAGCAGGACCAUCUAAGUCCAAUAACACUCAAAGUGACUCGUCAUCAAAAAAACAUAGGAAAGAACCCAAAAAGAAGGAAGAGUCGAUUAAAAACAAUCAAGAAAAUAAUGGCAAGAAAGUAGUAGCUAAAAAGUUUCUAAAAGUUUCAAAAAAAGUUAAAAAGAUAAAACCCAAUGACAAGGCCAGUGAAACAGAUAAUGAUGUAAAGUACAAAAUUAAUAUAGAAGUCAUUAAAAAGAACACAUCUAAAUAUUCUAAAGCUAAAACUAUAAUUAAAAAAAGACAUGUGACCCCGAAAAAAAAGAAUAUAUGCCAAGUAAAACAGGAAAAUUCAGCAAAAGAAGAAAGUAAGGAAGAAAACGAUGUAAUUAAAGAUGUCGAUAAAAAAGAUGAAAAGGAAACAUCAAGUGAUAAAGAUAUACUAUCGGAUAUUAAACAUGAAAAAGUAAUUGAAACUAAAUUUGAAGGAAAAGUUGAAAUUAAAGAUACAUCGUUAAGUAAAAUUACUACCAACGUACCUUCCCCAAAUCUUCCAGAAACUCCAAAAACAGAAAUUGAGAGACCCCCAAAAUUCUUUACUUCCACCAGAUCUCCUAGAACAGUGGACAUAGAUGUCAAGUGUUUCAAGAACUCAAAGGGGAAUUUAAGUAUGUCUGAAAGGUUCAUAUCUAUGAAGUAUGAAACCAAGUCGGAAGAUAACAAUAAAGAUAAGUUUAUUAGUAACACUCUUAUAUCACAAGGUCCAGAUAUUGAUGUUUACACAUUUACCGAAAAAGUUGACUCACCAAAAAGUAUAUUAUCUGAUUUUCGGAGUCCUAUUAACAAGAACGUAGGCAGAGUUAGACCUAUAGCUAGAGUCAAAGGUACUAUUAUAGACAAAAAAACUGAUAUAGAAAAGAAAAAAUAUUCACCACACAGACCUAUUGAAGAAGUAGUAAAGCAAUUAAAAGCGAACAAACGAUCAGAGGAAUGUAACACAAAUUCAAAUCAAACCAUUACUACUAAUGAUAAUGCUAAUAUAAUUAGCAAUGAUAAAGACCUGGAAGAUAAACCAAAACCAAUAGUAAGUAAAUCUUAUAAAAUGGUGGCUAGAAAAUCUAGUAUAACUGGAAAGCCAUUCAGCCCAACUAAAUUCUUGGAACAAGAAUCAUCGCCAAAUAAAAAUGAUAAGAUACAUGAUAAACCCGUUAAAACUACUAAUUUGAAAAAAUCACCAGUAAAAUCUAAAAAGCAAAAGAAAAUAGUUUUGUCAGAUGGUGAAAUUGAUUCGUCUAAAUUUGCUCUAAAUACAAAAACAUUCCAAUAUACUUCUUCAGAUGAAAGUAUUGGUGAAUCUAACGAUGAUAAUGACGCUAAAGAAUCCUGCGAUUCUGAUACACCUAAACCCAAGAAAACAAAAAGUAAAAAAUAUAAAAAAGUGACAGAUAUUGGUAAAAAAACAUCGAAGGAAUUAAAAGAACUGUCAAAAGAUUCUCAUUGUGAUCUUAAAGAGCAAUCGAUUCUUUUGUGUGAAAAACCCAGUAAGAGACGACUGAAACUCUUAUCUAUGUGGACUGGACCAAAAAAACAUAGAAUGGCAUCACUUAAUGCUAUUGCAAAAGUACAUUGUUUGUAUGAAAAUGAGAGCCGCACUCAUAUGGAGUUAGGUUUAAUGAGAACUGUCGACAGACAAAUAAUGCCUAGUACUUCUAAGCCAACAGUGAUGAAAAAGAAAGACAUAAAAUCAAAAGAUACUGAAAAACGUGACAGUACAUCUGAGUCUGAAUAUGAAAAUAGGACUGAGAAAAAGGAUGAAAGCUCCGAAAGUUCCGACGAUAACCCUCCUCAGCGAAGUCUACGAGGAGUACCGGGCAUUAGAAGUGCUGGUAAAUAUUGGGAUCCAAAAUCAUCCACGUCUUCAAGUGAAGACAGUGAACUAGAAAUUAAAAAGAAACCUACCAGUCCUGACAAAAAAAAAAUAUCUAUUAAAUCAUCAACAAAAUCAGAUAUUGAGAAACCUCCGGUUAAAAUGAAAAAGACGGUUGGUGUACCAGUGAAGAAAAAGCGCAAUCGAAAUGAGGUAGUAAUGGACUUAAAGGAUAUGGUUGUACAAAAACGCAUGGCUAGUCUUAAUGCAACUGCUAUUCUUGCUGCCAGUUAUGAAAAGCGAUCUCCCAAAUCUAGCAAAGACGAUUCUACUUCCGACUCGUGCAGUGACGAAUCUUUUUCUCAGAAGCCAAAAAACGGGGCAACUUCCGGCGUUAAGUCGGAAGCAAAAAUAGAAGAACUAAAAAAGGAAACCGAAGACUCAUCGAAUACCGAUAGGAAACAAAAAGUAGAGGUUAUUGUAAAUCAAGAUACUGAUGUUACCAUAACUGGAGUGUAUUCAACACAUCACGAAGGUUUUUGCACAGCAAUGCAGUAUCGCAUCUCCUCAACUAGCCAUACUCAGACAACGGCUACAGCAAACUGUGAAAAGGAGGGAUGUUCCCGAGACGACAAUUCCCGCUACACGCCGCUAUCGGCGCUGUCAUCGAUGCAACCUCCAGCAGAACACAGUCAUUCUCAUCCUCAUCCAGUGUCCGAACUGAGGCGUACUGCAGGCUGUUCCAGCGCCUUCUCUGCUCCAUCGCCGUCGGCACACCAUGAACCAGGAUAUUACCAGCCAGCGGGUCCGCUGAUCAAAGAGAGCGGUGCAGAAGCAGAACGCGCGCUGGCGCGGUAUCAUCCCCCACCACAUUAUCAUGCUCCGCAUCCCCCCGUACUACAACAGUACGGUCCGCCGUACUACCCCGCGGAGCUAUGCUACAGCCGGUAUUACAGACCACCCGGCCCAUACCACAUACCACCUCCACAGCCAGACGCCCAGAUGGUAGGCGUUGGCAAUGAGCCGUAUCCUCCAGCACAGUAUUAUGGGACACCACCGUGUUAUCAGCACUCACCGCAGAGAAUACCAUAUGUGGAAUACCGUCAAUGUCCCUGCCCACUAAACACGUGUCCAAAAAACGUCCUUAUUGGGCCCGCUACUGGUAAAGCCCCUACCGGUGGCGGCCCCGCGGACGUACCCUCCGCGCUCGCGCCGCCCGGGGGCGCCUUCAGAGCGAAGGUGCGGGCGUGCGCCCUCGACGCCGGCGCAGUGCCUGACACACUCGCACACGGCAGUGGCAAGGAUCCACCAUUAGAAGCCGAGCCGCCUGCAGCUGCCGACGCACCACGUCCGUGUCCACUACCAGCAAUGGGCGGCGCGUCGCCAAAACGCGAAAUAUUUGAUGCGCAUGACAAACUCCGCCGCGCCGGGGACAUGCCUGCGCUGGGCCCGCCCUCGCCUGCACGGGGCUCCGCCGGCGUCUGUGCCCCACAACCACCCCCUGUGGCUCCUCGGCGUGCGCGAUUAGGCAAAGAAAUGGCCCGCCGGUCACUCGCCGGCGAUGACACUGGCCUUCUCCUCUCCGCUCCGCUCGCGCCCAGCGCACACCAUAGCGACGCUGAUGACGAUGUCCUCGCCAUCUCACCGCCAGUAUGUGCUCCUAUUGAUCUCUCCUCGUCAGAUGAGAGAUCCACGCCACUCGUAGACGUGAAGAAAGAAAAUGAGGGUCCGACAAACACGCCACCCAGAAAACCUGACGCGCAGGCACUGAGGGAACACAACUGCACCACAAAUUCUGAUACAAUCGAUACUAACGAUGCAGCGAAAGCGGUGAAGCGCAGACAUUCAAAGCCGAAGCUAGAAAUCGAUAUGAAAGACACGCAGCUCGAAGACGGUUGUAAAACUAAUGGUAUCGGCGAACACGUGAAGUUACAGAAGCGCAGGAAAGUGUCAGGGGAACAAACUGAAAUUCGGCCGGAGACAGUGACGAAAGAACCAAGAAAAAGAGCAUCACCAAUUAAAAGGUUAUCCAAAUCUGUUGAAAAGAAAACACUAAAAAGAAAAUUAGAUAGUGCUCCAAGUGAAUCUCGCUCAAAGAAAGCCCAUGUAGAAUCUAUAAAUGAAGAUCCACGCCUAAAAAAUGUAGCAGCAAUAGCUGAAGAAUCAAUACUUAUAAAACCCAAAACUAAAAGUGCACUUCUUUUAGACAAGCUCUUGAGGAAAAACAGCAUUGAUAGGGCCGAUGCAAAGGGAUACGGUUCCGAUACGGAGUUAAAUCCAGCGGAAUUAUUUCUGUCGCCCAACGAAAAUAUUGCGCAGAAUUGUGCGAAGAAAACGUUAAACAUAAAUAACAACGUCGUUGAUAACAAUAAUGCAAUCAACAGUGUUCGGCCUAAUGCAAUAGCUGCCGUAAGCCAAUUACCAGGGAAGAAAUUACCCUACAAGAACAGCUGUAAACUUGAUAAAGUAGAUUCCAAGAUCACGCAUAAUUUAAAAUCAGUAUUAAAAACGCCUACCGUGAAAUCGCCUCUUAAAGAGGAACGGAGUAUGACAGUAAAAGAGAAGCAAUCAGAUAAAGUUUGCGUUCAGGCUCUUACAGAUAAGAACGAUGCGUUAAAUGUUGAAACUUCAUCUAAUAAAAACGGUGAUCCUAAAUCUGCGACAGACAAAUGUUCAAAAAUAACAAAACUUUCAAAAUCAUCUAAAAUAAAGGAGACCAUCACGAAAGCUACCGAAGUAGAGGAGCUCGGACGAGCUGUGAUACCAAUGGGGGUGGCAGAGAAACGGAGAAGCGACGCGACUCCUGCAGAGCGGUGCGGUGAACUCGCCGAAUGUACCUCGACGAAGCCGGAGCGGCCGGCGAAGCCUGAACGGCCGGCGAAGCGAUGCAAGCUAAGCGUGGAGCAAAAGGGAAAGAACGUAGAGAAGGUGGUCAAACUGCUGGUGUCGAAGAGGCCAGCAAUAAAGACAGACGACGCGGUGCUGGUGACAGAGGACGCGUGCUCAUCGCCGAUGCCGGGAAGCGUGGGACGUAGGCGGCGGCGGCGGCCCAGCUCGGCGGCGCGCGCCAACCGCCGCCCGGCCGGACACCCCGCGCGCAUUCCGCGCCGCCCCAUGCCGCCCCUCGCACCGCCCGCGCUCGAGCCCCGCACCACACCGCGCUGGAGCAACGGCUGGAGCUUUGACGGAGAACACUAUAUUUCCAAAGUCUACCUCAACAAUGACUCGCGGCUGGACCGCGCGGCGCGGUGCUGGUCGCGCAUGUCGCACGCGAGUGGCGACCGCGUAUCGCGCGGCGACUGCGUGUUGUUGCGGGCGUCUGUCGCGCGCGCUCAGCCCUUCGUCGCACGCGUCGCUAGCCUCUGGGAGAACCCCGACGACGGCGAGAUGAUGGUGUCCCUGGUGUGGUAUUACCGGCCCGAGCACACUGAACACGGAAGGCAGCCGGCCGACGCGCCCGACGAGGUGUUCGCAUCCCGCCACCGUGACGCCAACUCCGUCGCCUGCAUCGAGGACAAGUGCUACGUGCUCAGAUACAACGAGUAUUGUCGGUACAGGAAAAGGCUAAAAGCAGCGGAAGAGGGCAUCACGUUGCCGCCAUCUAUUGUGCCACCGAUGCCAGCCAGCGAGGUCAGCCCUGCGCUUGCGCCCAAUGACUCCAAGUUACCACUCUCCGUCUCCUCGGAACUUGUACUCUUCUGCCGCAAGGUCUACGACUUCCGCUCCAAGAAGAUAUACGUCCCCAACAAAUGAACCACGCGCAGCAAACGUGUGGUUACUAUCGCCGGAUCUCUACUGAUCUUUUUGGAGCCAGGUGUGCGCUCGGACCUCGGUGGGUGCGCAACUAUUGUAUAAGUAUUACGAAUCGGCUAAAAGGAGUGAACACCAAAGUUACGUUAUGAAGUUCAAUACUUAUUUGUCUACGGUACUGCGGUACUUCAUGAUACGUGGACAGAAAUGUUUGAUCGCGAGCUAACCGAGCGGCAUAUGGGAAUGUUUGAAUGGUGACUCGGUUAUUCCUAAUCGUAGUGUAUCUCCCCCAAACCUUUAAAUUAGUACAAAGAAAUACGUUCCCGGGUGCAAAACGUAGAAUGUGUGACCUGUGACAAUUUUAUGUGGAAACUAAGUAAAUCGUUGUGUUUAGUGAUCGCCGAUUGGUCCUAUUACGUUGCUUGUGUCGUGAUUUUAUAGUAGAUAUUCCUUUUUUAAGAUUUUACAGUGAUUUGCUGUUUAAUUUUUAUUUUAUGGACGAAUAUUUUUUACAAAGGAUGCCUUUUAUAAUGAUUAAGUAGUUGUAAGAAAAUCAUGAAUGGUAAUGAUACACAAUUAUGUAUAGCAAUAUACAUAUUUGUUUUUUUUCUAUGGGAUUAGCUACAUUCUAUCUCAUUUUUAGAGAAGCAAUGCGAAUGCGUGAGUUGAGAAUCAAUGUAAUGAACACCUGGUUACUUUUUGUAUGACAGGAAAUUUUAUUUAAACAUUAAGUUUCUGUUCGGCUACACGAGAAAAGGCAUUUAUAAUUACGAUUAUUUUUAAUUAAUUGUUACAUUGUUGUCAAAGGAGAGUCUAUAUUAAAUUAUUCUUUUAUAUUAUUAAAAGUAUUAAGAAUGUCAUCGGUCUGUAAUGUAGAAGUGGGCCUCAUGUGUAAUUAGUUUUAUUUCUAUACAAAAUAAUCAGGAUAAUUCUGUUAAUUGAUGUUAAUAUUUUAAUAACAUCACAAGGGUUUUCCUUAUACAUUAAUAGAAUAAUCAUUUGAAAGUCCCACUGAAAUGAAUAUGACCUCUGUCUACAAGUAAGGAUACUCUAUUAGUAGUACUUAUGCUUUCAGUCAAUGUAAUAACAACUGUAGACUUUUGAACGUUUUAUGAAUGAGAUAUUGUAUACGUAUAAUAUGAUGAAAAUGAAGUUGAACUAUAACCUGCCUUCGAAGGAAUUGAUUUAUUUUGGCCAUGUAUUACAAAAUUUUUAAAUUUUUUCAUAUGAUGUCGCAGUGGAUACAUUGGGAAGACUGAUUUUGCGAAGGUGGUGCAGUUUUAAGUUAAUUUUAUUAUUACACAGUCAAUUCCGAGACAACUAUGUUUGUUUAUCUACGUUCACAUAAUCAGUCGUCAACCAAUAUUUUACAUUAUUGAAAUAUAACAAGUGGGAACAUUGUAACAUAUUUUAAAUGUAAUAUUAGUGCAUAGAUGUAAACAAAAAAAACACGUCGGUGUUGGAUGAAAAGAGAUAUAUUGUAUGACUGUCAUAGUGAAAUCUCUUUAUCAUUAGAAACAUAAUUUUAAGUAGUGCAGAAAAAUUAAUAAAGAAUAUAUAUUUAACGUUAUAAUUCCCGCGUGGAAGAUUGUAAAGGGCAUUUAUACGUUUGCAACUUGUGUAUUUCUCUUUCUAUCCUUAUUGUUUCUUAUAAUGUAUCUUUGUAUUAUUGUUUGUCUGUCGGUUAAAAUGUUAAUAUUUUGUUGUACAUAGACUUCUUAAUUUAUUUAUAAGACUUGCUCUUUAUUAUGACUAGUGAGAUCUACAGAAACAUGUGUUAUAAAAUAACAUACAUGCUCAUUUUAAUAUCUAAAUAAUAACAAAAGGAAACAUCUUCGCCUCAUUACCUAAUUAACCCUCGUAAUCAAUUUAUGUUAAACAUCCAAGCGUUUGUAAAAAUUCGGAACUUGUGGAGGAGACUUGCCACUCGUAUGAACGUACUUUAACAAUUUCUAAGAAUACAAUACGAACAAUUCUCACCAGAUGAUAAUGAUGUUACUAGAUAGUCAACUCCAAUAAAUAUCCAAAACCGGAAUUCGUUAAACAUAUUUAUCACAGAACUACACGGUUUAAAGUAUCUGUUUUAACUUAACUCGCCUUUCUUCUAUGCAACUAAAAAUGUAGGGUCCGUAAAUCCAUUUACUUUAUAAAUUUUUCAAAUCUAUAAAUCUGUAACAUAUAAACAUUGAAAUUCAUUAUUAAAGAAUAGAUCAGAAGAAUUACUCCACAAGGGAUUCGAAUCUCGUAAAACUGGCGGAUGGAUUUGUACAAAAUUUACAAUCUCUUAUUAAAUCCUAAGAAUUAUAUAUACUUGGCUUACUGUUGGUUUGGUUGAUUGCUAAUUUUAUUUAUUAAAUCGCCAAAAUAAGAAACCAACUAUAAGAGACAGUCCCAUUAGCAUCGUGUCGGAGAUAAAACUUUAUUGAUGGUGCCACACCAUUUUAGGCCGCUAUAAGACUUUCUCCGCAAGGACUAAAUUGAUCUUCAUUUUAGCAGAGUACUUGUAGGAGUAUUAAAGUACAUAUCUAUAUUUUCUAGAAUUUUCCUCAACGAUGUAUAGUGUUGUAACUCCAUGUUUAAUGUGUGAUUGCCAUUACUAUAUAACUUGACGACUGUUAACCCAGAUCGAUGUACAAACCUAAUAAAAUAUAUAUACUAUAAAGAUUUCCAAUUAUCAACAGGAACACAUUAUAAAUACAUACAUAUUGAAAGUUAUAAAGAAUAAUAUAACAUGAGGAUGAUUUCGAAAUUCCAAAUAGAGUUCAACGGUCGCACGAUAAUAUAAAAUUAGAAAUGAAAUUAAUUUGUAUGCGUAUCUACUCAUCCUCAGUGUUAGUUCCUAAGUGUUAGUUACUAAACAACCAAUACAAACUAUGUUAUAUUCAGGUAUCAUAUAAGUACUGUUUAAACAUCACAAUCUCACUAGUUGUCUAUUCCAAAGCUUAAGUUUUCUAUGUGUUAUUCCUUUUCUAUUGCUUGAUGCCAAAAAAUUAGGUGCAAAAUUCUAUUAUUCUGUAAUGAUGUAAUACCAUUUCCCUUCUAUUUAGGUUAUACGAGUGACCAUAUAAUCUGCUAGGAAUUUACUGUAACUCAUACCUACCGUAUUUACAGAAUCUCUUAUUUUUACUUCAUUUUAAAUUAUUGUAGAGUAGUAUAUAAUUAAAACAUGUAGUUUAAAAGCCCGAAAAUAAUAUAUAUCUAAUAAGAAAGAUGUACUUCUACUUUUCCCCUACGUGGCCUUGGUCUGGAGCUAUAUUCCUAUUUUUUUUAAGUCAUAAAAUCGCUCCGAGUGUAGAUUCUAAUAAAUCUUUUUCUAUUGGAUCCUCUUGUUGAUGUAAAUUCCUCGCAGUUUUUAUGAUCAUUGUUACUCAUUAUUAAUUAAUUAUAGAAUUAAUGAGUAAAUUCCAUAAUACUAUUACUAUAAGUAAGCUCUCCCUUGCUUGUAGGUGGAUUGUUUUAAAGAAUGUUACCUGGUAUUCUGCAGUUGCAACCUUCUUAUAGUCAAUGAUUUUUAGAAAUAGGUUUACUAAUAAGAAACAAAAAUACCUUGUUUUUAUUAUUUAUUUUGUUUCAAUGGAAAUUAUAUAGGUAUAUUUUUAUUAUUGUAACCUACAUAGUUAUGUUGGCUGUAAUUUAAUAUUGAUGUAAUUAAUAUAUGUAUUUUUAUUUCAAA